AUGCAGUGUUCUAGAACCUUCCUAUUCCAAAUGUGUUUGAGUUUACUGGUCUCUACUGGCUCCUGUAGAUGUAAGCCUCUAAACAAGGUCAUCCUGCCAGAGGACCAGGAGGGAUUCUUUCAUUUCUACGACCAGGACCUCAUUGAGGAGGAUGAGGUGGAUGCAGAUGCACAGUCCAAGCUGGAGAGCUUCCUGGGGACCAUGAAGGAAGAGUUUCUGAGGAAGCUGAACCUGUCUGAGGUUCCUCAGGAGCACAGCAGGAUCUACCCCCCUCAGUUCAUGAUGGAGCUGUACAACAAAUACGCCUCUGAUACGUCUGCCAUGCCACGCUCUGAUGUCAUUCGCAGCUUUACCCUUCAAGAUGUCUGUCACUCGGAGAGAAACGGCUCCAGGUCCAGACACAGGCUCCUGUUCAACGUGACGGUCCCGGACCACGAGGAGGUCACCAUGGCCGAGCUGCGUCUCUUUACUCUGCCGGAGGAGAGGUCCCCUACCGGGAUGAGGGGCACCAUCAGGAUCUACGAGCUGGAUCAUACUGGCAGCAAACCCACACCUUUACUCCUGGAUGGGAGGGAGGUCAUGGGAUCACAUCCCUCAUGGGAAGCGUUUGACGUGACCCAUGCGAUACAGUGUUGGUCCAGCCGAGGUAGAGGCGGUGGGGUCAGUGCGUUCGAGGUGGUGGUGGAUCAGUGGAAAGGUGGCCGGACAUUCAGUGACAGUGGUGACGGCGCGGCGGGCGAGGGUCUGGAUGUGAGCGUGGCCGUUGGGAUCAACACCUCCGCAGCUCUCCUGGUCUUCUCAGACGACCCGGGGAGCAGGAGGAGGGAGGCGAGGAAGGAGCUGAGCGAGAUGAUCCUUCGUGAGGAGGAGACCAUCUUGUCGUCUGGAAGCUCUCCUCAGAACGAGGAUGACGAAAACAUCAACAACAACAACAGCAUCGAUGACGAUGGGAACAACACCACCGCUGCCGACGACGAGGACGACCACGGCAGCGCCGGCGUCCUCAGCCGUGUGGACCUCCGCCCGCGGAGGAGGCACCACAGGAGGAGAAGGCAGGUGGAGAGCAGCUACUGCCGACGCACCUCCAUGCGGGUCAACUUCAAAGACAUCGGGUGGGAUAAGUGGAUAGUGGCGCCGCCAGAGUACGACGCAUUUGAGUGUCGCGGCGUGUGUUUCUUCCCGCUGACGAGUGACAUGACCCCCUCGAAACACGCCCUGAUCCAGACCCUGGUAAACCUUCGCAACCCCAAGAAGGCCAACAUGGCAUGCUGUGUUCCCACCAAACUGGACCCCAUCACAGUCAUGUACCAGGAGAAGGGCGUUAUAACUGUGCGACACCUGUAUGAGGAGAUGAAGGUGGCUGCGUGUGGGUGCAGGUAG